AUGGCUGAGCAUCUUGCCCGAAUCUUCGGCACUGAAGAGGACCGUGUGAACUGCCCCUUCUACUUCAAGAUCGGUACAUGCCGUCACGGUGACCAAUGCUCUCGACAGCACAAUAGGCCGGUCUCUAGCCAGACCGUCCUCCUCAAGGGAAUGUACCAG